AUGGAAGAUGCUAUGGUCAGCAAUAAGAGUUCCUACGAGCGUGGCUUCGCCGGUGCCUGUAUAUACAAAUCCGAAGUAAUUGAUCUGGCCAGUCUUUCAAGUACCGCUGUCCAUGGAACGAAAAAUGGCAAAAGGGCGGCGGAUCAUUACUUUGGUAAGUUUUUAAUAAUUCGCAAACGUAUGUCUUUAUCGUUUGUUUCUCACUCCGCUAACAUACUUGUUUCUGCUAGCACCAGCCCUGAUUUAUCGGACUAGGUUCCGCGGCAUACGACAGAUGUGUCAUCUCGUGAAAUGUUUGUCGAAAUUUUAGAAGUCGUUUUUGAUCCGAAGAAAUUACUUAGUUAAGGUUGCAGCCUAAUUCCAAGAUCUUUCGGUCACAUCAGGAUACCGACUUUUCAAGGAGCCUCCAUCCAGUUGCCUUUUGCAAAAAUGCAAUUUUCUACUAGGGUUCUUUACCGACUUAAUUCGGGGUACUCAAGUUUUGUGUUUGUAAGUCAAAUUAAUUCUAUCUUUUGCCUGAAUGCUUCCCCCCCCCCUUACUGAUUUCUGCAUCGCAAACAGGCGUCGUCAGCAUCGUCUGAAAACGAACUUCGCCAUCCGGACGCUUAGGGUGGCCCUCCUCUGCUUGAUUUCUCUGUUAAUUUGACAUGCUUCCUGAUUGUCUUCCAUUAACUGCACCACGCAUCAACUUUACCAAAACUCCUGACUCCCUGACCCCAGUUGAUCGAAGAAACUUGCUGCCAAGAAGACCGUCACGGUUCCCAAGGAGGCAGUCUUUGUCUUAAAAGUUUCUCUUCCUCUUAUCAGUGAGCAAAAUUCCAUUUGCUCGUCAGUUGUUACUUGUGCGCUGAGGUGCGCUGAGUCGGUGACCUUUAGCCCUACAAUUUGCCCACAAUGCUAAUGGCUAGGUCAGACGCCUGUUCCUGCAUCCUCACAGUUCAAUACAAAUGAGCCAUCGAUGAAUUUCACGCUGAAAUGCCUCCUGAGACUUAUCUGCACUACGCGUCUGUGAAUUUAUGUUUGGCACCUUCGUGUUAGGUAGGAGCAAUCCGAAACAAUACACUCAUAACUAAAACAGUCCUAGGUCUCCGCAGAAGCUUUUCCUUCUGGGGUGUCCUUUUGCUUCCAAAUAUCAAACAUCUGCACCUACUGCCUACUUGUGUCACCGAUUAAUUACACUUCGUGCCUAGUUAUCUGCCUCCUAUCCUGGCCGGAUUCCAACUGAUCGUGUUCCUAUCCUCUGGCAACAACAACUUUUACAGUAGUAUAUCUCCAGUCAGACUGUUUGCUGUAUAUUUGGAGUCGACCAGCGGUGUAGACUGUCAAGUGUCUCUUUCUUCUGACCUCCCUUCACUUUUGAAGCCUCAAAUAAUCGGCUGAGCAGGAACUUUGAAUAACAAUGCCUUUAAGGGCUUUGCGGAUCCAGCGAAUGCUUCUUACAACGGUGUAUUCCCCACUCUGACCCGUGCAUGUUCUCUCUAUCCGGAUUUUACUAACACGGCUUCCGACCUUUGAGUUGCCCCUCCCAUUUCUUUCGAGUAGAAAGUGAACUCCCCUGUCUGUCUGGACCACCCAGUACGUCAAUACCCCAGAUUCGGGACGAGUGGGUAGCCUUAGGGCGCGGUGACUACUACAAUGACGGGUCAAGCCAGAGGGAUCGAUGCUUUGUUCUGUUCGCCGCAAAACUAUUCCUCCAAGGUCACCAUGCCGUCCGACGGAGAGAAAGUAUGGCGAGCGACCAAGACGUUAAAGGCAGGUACCUUAAAGCUUGGGGUAACGAAAUGCUUGGGUGGUCCCGGAACCACAGUCAUACGCUGGCCAGAACAAAAAACGAGUGGACAUCAGCUAUCAGUAAUCUAGCAAUCAGAACGGUGCGAGAUCUCAAGAGGGUAUUGAACUUUGUGCGUUGUGGUCGGUUCACAUCCUCCGUCUUGCAAGAUGAAAGUAAAUUUCAAGCACCCGUCUGCACUCCAAGAAGGGUUUUAAACAAAUGCGGUGGUUUAGUGGAAACCAUAAAGGAACCUGCUUAUACGAAGUUAUAAGACGGUAUAUCUGACACUCACCUCAAUGAUACACAGUUAUCAACGGUUCUUGCCUUGCUCGUUGUACGGCUUCCAACAACGGACAAGAUUGGAUUACCCUCCGGACGCAUGUUAAUAACAACCUUCUAAACCCCGAAGUAGGCACUGUUUGCACCUGGACGCUAAGCAAUAUGUUAAGCAACGGGGUGUCAGCGGUGGGUCCACGUGAUGGUCGUAGUGGUCGCUCACUUGCUUGCAGGUGAGACUACGCCUCGCGUCCAUUUGCUGGCAUCUAACUCUCACCUGUGGCUCCACGUAGCUGGGCUCUGCUCAGCGGCCACACCCCGGGCAACCGUCUCGACCGGCGGGCUAAACCAGGCGAGGGUAUCCGUGCGUGCACCUGCACGCGCGGUACUGUGGUCUGCGCUGGCCGGAUAGAUCUUCGCGUCGACAUCGUCGAGACGAGGCUCUGCCUGGACCAUCGCAGGUGGCCACCAGGUAAGUUCCCCCUCAGGUAAGUGCAUUUGCUCCGUUUCUUCCUUUUGUCUGCUGAAGUUACGUGUCGUAUGCUGCUCUUGCUGCCUGUCCUCUGUAUGCUAGUCUAUCUGUUAAUAGCUAAACGACACUCGAUGCCUGCUGCGAUUGUCUGUCCGUCAGUCUAUGCCACUCUCUACUAAUAGCUAGGUGUUACGGUGCUUGACUUUGUGUGGUGCCCUCACUUUGUCUCUGACUGAUGACUGUGUCCGCCUGUCCACUCUAGUUCUAAGUCCCAUAGCGUUAGAUAGUGUGUAUGCUCUCUCCUACUCACUCCAUCACAUCACCUCACCACCAAGGUCCCAGGCUAAUUCGGGUCGUUCUCUCACUAACAAAAAGUCGUAGCCCAUAGUGCCGUCUGGGAUAACCGGGCAGCCCUGUUCAGGGAUGCGUUGCCUGCCCCCGCGAGGGGGAGGGGGCUAGAAAAUGUGCCCUAAAGAUCGCUGGGAACCACGCUGUCUGUAGGCUGACCGUGGCCGCAGACAAAAACACACGGUCGAAACAGCCAAAAUCGAAACAACAACAACAACAACAACAACAAUCACUCUCUUCCUCUUCCAGCCUAUUCUUCUUCUUCUUCUCCUACUCCUACUUUUCGCCGCCGCAGUCGCCAGACUGGCAGGGUGAGCCCGCUCACUCUGGCAGCCUGGAAUGUUCGUUCCCUUUUAGACAACCAGAGGAGCAACCGACCGGAACGGAGGACGGCGCUAGUGGCACGAGAACUGGCGCGCUACAAGGUGGACAUCGCCGCACUCAGCGAGACCCGAUUCUCCGAACAAGGCCAACUAGAGGAGGUGGGUGCCGGGUACACCUUCUUCUGGAGUGGUCGACCCAGGGCAGAGCGACGUGACGCGGGUGUCGCCUUUGCCAUCCGGACUGACAUCGUGGGACGACUGCCCUGUCUGCCGCAGGGAAUCAACGAUUGCCUGAUGAGCCUCCGCCUGCCUCUCCGGCGAGGAGGCAAGUUCGCCACCAUCAUCAGCGCCUACGCUCCGACGAUGAGAAUCCCCGAUGCCGCCGCAAGAGACAAAUUAUACGAGGACCUGCACGCCCUCUUGGCGACUGUGACGAAGGCGGACAAGUUGAUUGUCCUUGGUUACUUCAACGCCCGCGUCGGCACAGACCAUACUGCCUGGAGGGGAGUGCUGGGUCCUCACGGUCUCCGCGGCUCCAACGACAAUGGUCUGCUGCUCCUCCGCACCUUCGCAGAACACCGCCUCAUCCUGACGAACACGUUCUUCUGUCUGCCGGAGCAAGAGAAGGCCACCUGGAGGCAUCCUCGGUCCCGCCAGUGGCACCUGCUGGACUAUGUCCUCGUCCGAACGCGAGAUCAGCGGGACGUGCUGGUGAUGAAGGCGAUCGCGGGUGCUGACGGGUGGACCGACCAUCGCCUCGUCAUCUCGAAGAUGCGUAUUCGCCUACAGCCUCGCAGGAGACCACAAGGUAAGCGACCCCCAGGUAAGCUGAAUGUUGCCUUGUUGUCUUUGCCCACUCAGCAUCUUCAUUUCAGCAAUGAGCUAGCUCAACGGCUAGACAACCUUCCUAUCACUGCCGACGCCGCCGCUGCCGAAAACGGCUCUGUGGAGAACCGCUGGUGUCAGCUGCGAGACACGCUCCAGUCGACGGCGCUCGCCGUCCUCGGUCGCGCUCGCCGCCAACACCAGGACUGGUUCGACGAUAACGACGCCGCCAUCAGAAAUCUGCUUGCUGAGAAGAACCGCCUACACAAAGCCCACGUAGAUCACCCCACUGAGGACAACAAAGCUGCCUUCUACCGCAGUCGCCGACAGCUUCAGCAACGACUGCGCGAGAUGCAGGACGCCUGGACUGCUUGCAAAGCUGAGGAGAUCCAAGGCUACGCGGACCGCAACGAAUGGAAGAACUUCUUCUCCGCGAUCAAAGCUGUCUACGGUCCGCCGACGAAGGGCACUGCUCCUCUCCUCAGCGCCGACGGCAGCACUCUCCUGACUGAGAAGACGCAAAUCCUACAGCGAUGGGCCGAGCAUUUCCGAGUCGUCCUCAACCGCCCUUCCGUCAUCUCCGACACCGCCAUCGCCCGUUUGCCGCAAGUGGAGACCAACGUGGACCUCGACCUCCCGCCAUCUCUCCAGGAGACCAUCAGGGCCGAGCAGCAACUCUACAGCGGGAAAGCACCCGGAUCGGACGCAAUCCCUGCUGAGGUCUACAAGCAUGGAGGUCCCCUACUGAUGGAUCACCUGACUGCGCUCUUCCAAGAGAUGUGGCGUCAAGGUGAAGCCCCGCAAGACUUCAAAGACGCAACUAUCGUGCACCUAUACAAGCGAAAAGGGAAUCGCCAAGUCUGCGACAACCACCGCGGCAUCUCCCUACUGAAGAUCGCCGGGAAGAUCUCCGCUCGCAUCCUGCUCAAGCGCCUCAACAACCAUCUGGAACAGGGCCUUCUGCCGGAAAGCCAGUGCGGCUUCCGUCGUCAUCGUGGGACCACGGAUAUGAUCUUCGCAGCCCGCCAACUUCAGGAGAAAAGCCAGGAGAUGCGGACCCACCUGUACUCUACCUUCGUGGACCUGACGAAAGCCUUCUACACGGUGAAUCGUAAAGGACUGUGGAAGAUCAUGCAGAAAUUCUGCUGUCCGGAGCGAUUCACUCAGAUGGUGCGUCAGCUGCAGGACGGUAUGAUGGCGCGAGUCACGGACAACGGAGCUGUCUCAGAGGCAUUCGCAGUGACCAACGGAGUGAAGCAGGGAUGCGUGCUGGCACCAACCCUCUUCAGUCUUAUGUUCUCUGCCAUGCUGAUGGACGCCUACCGCGACGAACGCCCUGGAAUCCGCAUCGCCUACAGAACGGACGGUCAUCUCCUGAAUCAACGGCGUAUGAACUUCCAAUCGCGUGUAUCCACAGCCACCGUGCACGAACUCCUCUUCGCCGACGACUGCGCCCUGAAAACCACCUCGGAAGAGGAGAUGCAACGGAGCAUGGACCUAUUCUCCGCCGCAUGCGAGAACUUCGGUCUGAUCAUUAACACGCAGAAGACGGUGGUGAUGCACCGACCGCCGCCCAACUCAGCCACAGCCCCUAACGGGCCGCACAUCAACGUGAAUGGGACCCAACUGCAAGUGGUGGACAGCUUCCCGUAUCUGGGCAGUACCCUCUCCCGCAACACCAAGAUUGAUGACGAAGUCGCCAACAGGAUCUCGAAAGCCAGUCAAGCCUUUGAACGCCUCCGAAGCACAGUCUGGAAUCGCCACGGUCUCCAACUGAGCACAAAGCUGAAGAUGUACAAGGCCGUCAUCCUGCCGACGUUACUGUACGCAGCAGAGACAUGGACGGUGUACACGAGACAGGCACGCCGACUGAACCACUUCCACCUCAGUUGUCUCCGUCGCAUCCUGAGGCUGAACUGGCAGGAUCGAAUCUCCGACACGGAAGUACUGGAACGAACGGGAAUCCCCAGCAUCUACGCCAUACUGAAACAAAUGCAGCUGCGCUGGAACGGCCACCUGGUGCGCAUGGACGACGAGCAACUACCCAAACGACUCUUCUACGGAGACGUCACGAAGGGUUCUCGUCGUCAAGGGGGCCAGGUUCGCCGUUACAAGGAUACCCUGAAGUCCUCCCUAAAGCACCUGCAAAUCAACCCGACCAACUGGGAAGUUCUCGCCCGCGAUCGUCCGACAUGGAGGAGAACAGUGAAGACGGGUGCUGCUAUCUACGAAGCCAACCGAAUCGCCGCCGCCAAAGCGAAACGCGAAGCCCGCAAAUCACAACUUCGCCCAGUCCGCAACGCCGCCGCACAACCUCCCCCUACGUGUCCUCGAUGUCAACGGACAUUUCGGGCACGAAUCGGACUUGUUGGACAUCUUCGAAUCAACUGUGCCUCUCGAACUGCUCCAGCCAUCGUCCCCCGCCCGCCUCUUCCUCGUCCUCUCCACCACCAACUAACUUUGAUAACUCUUCUGAACCACCACUUCCAUCCUCGUCGUCGUCCACCUCCUCCCUAUCCACUGCCCCAGCGGCGGCCGUUCAGACUGCUUCCUCUACAGCUGACACCGACACCGCCGACCUCUCAUGCCCACAUUGUCCACGCACCUUCACCUCGCGCAUCGGCCUGGUCGGUCACUUGCGAAUCCAUCGCACAGAGACUGGCGAACCAGUGCCUGGAGCACCAACCUACACCCACCGCACUCGCCUCAACUGCCCACACUGCCCUCGCACCUUCACGCAUCGCAUGGGUCUAUUCGGCCACAUGCGCAUCCACGACGACCUGCGGUAGACAACCGCCGGUCACACCACACAUUCCCUCACUCCCUACCUCCUGA